CUCAUUACACUGUUCGAGAAGGAACAAUGAUCACGCUCUUUGUCGCUCUUUGUUUCUUAACAUCAGCAAAAUCUUCUAACCACAAGGAGCUUCAAGUUCAAAAGGUAAAGCAUGGAGAAACUGCUACUAUAAAAUGUGAUGUAAUGUCCAGUGACAAAUUAAUUUGGUUGAAACAGAGUUUUGAAAAGGGUUUUCACUGCAUAGUGAGACGAGAUGUUACCUUAGACAGACACAUUGAAGUAGAAGCAGGUCCUACUGUACGCUUUAGUGUAGAUAGAAUGUUUAAUCUCAACAUUACAAAAAUAACAGAAGAGGAUACAGGGACAUAUUUCUGUGUGGGUGUGCGGAGCUCUUCACUACGCUUUGGAUCUGGAACCUUUUUAGUUGUUGAAGCUGAGGAGAGGAAACCACACCCUCCGACUGUAACAGUGAUGGAGGACGGAGAGUCGCUCACACUCCAGUGCUCAGUACAAGUGUUUACUCCAAGCUGUGAAGAACAGAGUGUGUACUGGUUCAGACACCGCUCAGGAGAACCUCAUCCAGGAAUCAUUUACAGUCAUGGAGACGGCAGUGAUGAGUGUAAGAAGAUCUCCGAGGCUGGUUCUCCUACACAGAGCUGUGUCUACACUCUCCCCAAGAGGAAGCUCACAACCUCGGAUAAUGGAACCUUCUACUGCGCUGUGGCUGCGUGUGGACAAAUCCUCUUUACUAAAGGAAUUAAAGUGGAAGGAAAUCAAAUAAAAGAAAACAGCCACUGGAUUAUUUUUGUUCUAACAGCUUCCAAUUUAUUAUUUCUUACUGUGAUCAUGGUUCUGGUUGGGGUUUUAAUUAAAAAACAAGGAACAGGGGGUUCCAGUGAUCAUCCAAAUCACACAAAUCAGGCUGAUGAUGAAAAUGUGUUGAACUAUGCAGCUGUGAGAUUUGCUAAAAAACCUUCAUCCUCCAGACCAUCCAGAGACACGAGCCAUCAAGAUAUUUAUGCACGGGUUAAAAUAAAAUAA